AUGGCUUCCGCUGAUGGAAAUCAUACAUAUGACGGCUACAAAGGGUUAACUAAUAUUGAUUGGUUUGAGGUGGUGCUCGAGGAUGAAGAUCUAACCAGCCAGGUCAUUGAGCUACAUCCAGAAGCUACAUUGCCAGAAGCUUUAGUUCAGCAAGAUUGGAAUGGUUGCCGAUAUUUGAAAAACGGCACCCAGGUACCAGAUGUUGCAAAGGGGGAAGUGGAUCCGGAUUAUGCAGUGUGGUUUGAGAGAAAGUCUUGUGCAAGUAAUGAGCCAGAACCCGAACCAGAGCCCGAGAGACCAGAAGAGAGACCGCAUAUCCAGGCUUUUGAUGACAAAGUCAGGGAAAGCCGAAGGAGAAAAAAAAGGUUGGUCCAGGAAAAUAAAGCCCUCCGAGCUCAAAUUCAAAGGAUGAAGAUCGCCGCUGAAAAUCCGGCCAAAAGCAGACAAGAUGAGAAACUCAUAAACAGUCUUAGACGGAAGGUGUAUGAUUACGGGACUGACUUGGAAAAGGCCGAAGAGGAAUUGGCUAAGACCCGAUCAAGGUUGGCACAGAAUGCAAAAGGGCGGGCAAAAUUUGUUGAACGACUAAAGGAUAGAGAUGACAAAGAGGCCACAGUGCUAAAGAAGAAGCUGACUACCCAAGAAAAUGAGAUGGCCCAGCAAGCGAAGAACUUCAAGUCAGAAAAGGAGCAUUGUUAUGCACUGAUUAGCCAACUGGAGGAAAGCAUGCAACAGUUACGGGAUCAAAACAAUGCGGAUACCCAAGUGUUGGAAGCUCGGGCACAGCAAAUAGGGCGUUUGCUUUAG